AUACAGUGCUCAUUGAUCCUUCAUCUUUCUUGUGGAGUGAACUUGACUUUUUCGCGAAGCUUGAAGAGCAUUGAAAAUGCAACAAUAGAAGAUAAAAUUUGAUAGGAUUAUUUACUCCAAGGUGUACCUCUGCGGAUUCAAUUCACGAAAGCUGUUUCGGUGCCACAAUAGUAAAACAAAUUACCUCUUAACUUUCUUUCUGCUGUAUAAGAUUGUGUGCGUAUGUUAUGUCAUUGUAGUGUAUGAAAUGAAAAACGAAUUUUCCACAACGAUCGUACUUUGAAAAUAUUACUAUUGCUAUAAUGAAUGUUUGUAGAGCUCAUUGUUAGUUGCUGGUGAUUCCAAGGUUCUUAACUAACAACGCACCGUCGACUUUUAGACGUCGAGAAGUAGUGAAUAUCAGUGAAUAUUGAUUGCUCGAACUAAAGAUGCAGCCUUUUUCGAAUAACGAUUAUGGGGGGAACGAAUAUGGCAAUUACAAUCAAGAACAUCAGCAAAUUCCAAUGCAACCCCAAGGAGUUGCUAGACCUGUUGUUGAUCCGGAAGCGAUGGGAGAGGUUGAUCCCAAUCUCUACCCUCAAGCAAAGGAGUCUACACAUAAAAUCAGAGGAAGAUCGGAUAUACUGGAGAUGCUUUGUGGAUCUGUUGACCAAGAGUUGCUACCAGUGAAAACGUUCUACUUUUUCUUCUACGCUGCUUUCGGUUCACUGUUUCCUCUGAUGGGGGUAUACUUCAAGCAGAUGGGCAUGAAUCCAGGCCAAUGUGGAUUACUCAUUGGCACGAGACCGUUCGUAGAGUUUCUGUCCGCCCCAUUCUGGGGAAGUUACGCUGAUCGAUGCAAAAAAGGAAAAAUGCUACUGCUUGCUUCGCUGGCGGCUUGGAUUAUCUUUACUCUACCGCUGGGCUUCAUCCAACCGCCAGCUACUAGCUGUAUCGAACGGAAGAAUGCCACUGAUUUUGAGCUUCGCACGCCGGUUGUACCAAGAAUCCUUAAGCGCUCUAUCGAUGAAAAUACGCUGGAUGAGAUCUCGUUUGGAAAGUAUACGAAACCAGAAAAUCAAUUCACCAGUAGAGUUGCACGUUCCGCUCGGCCAAUUGCGACCGCUGGUCAGUCCCCAUUGUCCGUGAACUAUGCUAAUAACUUCGACCAUAAGCUGCAUAACGACCUAGUUUCACCGAUAUUUUCAUCGAUUGUUUAUCGGACUGCGGAUAUCCAAAAGGCAUUUUUCCUGCUACUGCUGUUGGUCAUCAUUGGUGAGUUCUUCAGUGCUCCAGCGAUAACAUUAGCGGACUCGGCAGUUAUUACUUUGCUCGGAGAAGAUGCCGAUCGAUACGGCCACCAACGUAUGUUUGGAUCAUCAGGUUGGGGAUUAGCCAUGUUUUUCGUGGGUAUCGCGCUGGAUCAUUCUACGGCUUUUCCGGAACACCCGUGUGAGCCUGAGAAACAGGAGAAAAAUUAUUCCAUUUGUUUUGCGACCUUCUCGGUACUGAUGGGUGCUGCACUCAUAUCUGCUACCCAGAUUACAUUCAAAUACGAUUAUUCGGAACCCAAGGAGCCCCAGGUUGAAAAGGUAGCACAGGAACCAACUCGUGAAGAGCAAAUGCAGAAUCAACUGGCGGAACAAUUACAGCUUCCUGCGUUGGCAACGGGCAAUGAUCCCAGUGCGACACCAGCGCCCCAACUUGGCGCUCAGACGAAAAUAUUCGCGCAAACAACUCGCGAGAUGCCCGAAUGGGUCACGGUGCUGAAGCAAUUCAAAAAUAUUAAAUGUGCAUCAUUUCUCUUCGUGGCAUGGUUCAUGGGAUUCGGUAUCGGGCUAAUUUUUACGUUCCUCUUCUGGCAUCUACAGGAUUAUGGCGGCUCACCCACGCUCUUCGGUGUGGCAUCGGUGAUUAAUCACAUUUCGGAAAUAUUUGCCUAUUUCUUUAGUUUCCGCCUGAUCACUCAAAUCGGACAUGUCAAGGUGCUCUGCUUGGGAUUAGUAGGAAAUAUUAUACGAUUCUUGUAUAUAGCAAACUUGACAAAUCCCUGGUGGGUUCUUCCAUUCGAAUUUAUGCAAGGAAUAACACAUGCCGCAGUUUGGGCUGCAUGCUGCUCAUAUAUUGCACACAACACUCCACAGCAUUUGAGGUCUUCAGCCCAAGGUGUACUUCAGGGACUUCAUCACGGUCUUGGAAGAGGUUGCGGAGCCGUUAUUGGUGGAAUAUUCGUGAACUAUUAUGGAACCACAAAAACAUUCUGCGGAUACGGAAUCAUUUGCAUUCUGGUACUCGCCGGUUUCGUAUUCAUAAAUUUCUACCGAAAAGAGCAAGGUUUCAUAUCAGAAAUACCAGCCACCGAAGAUCCUCAUCAGGUCGCGGAGGAAACAUCUCACUUGGCUCCACAUGGCGUUCCAAGCAACCCUAUUCCAAGAGCAUUAUCCAGCACACGUCUCAACGAAAUAGGAAAUCAAAAUGCAGACAACGGAUAUGGAACCUAUCAAACUACUGGUGGAGCCCUCGAUGUACCAGGUGGUGCUGCCCGUAAUCCUUUUGCGGCUCCUCAAAAUAACAGUUACGGUGGCAAUCAAUAUUAAAUAUGUUUAGUUUAAAACAAAAUCGGUAGGCUAUGUUAUGUUUGGAUUGAACGCUAACAUAAUGUCAAACCCGUGCACAGUGGGCUGGCCAUCAAACAAAAAACGAAAAUGACGUCAGCUGUUUUUCGUAAUAUUUUUCCAUUCUUGCUAUAAUAUUCAAGUGCUUAAAUCUCCCAUUUGAGCGCAAUAUCAUCAAAGUUUGUUCGAAAAACUAUACAAAACAAAUCUUUUUCAUUAAUUAUUGUAAAAUUUGAGCAUGAUAGGCCUGACCCAAAAAAAAUCAUGAAAAACUGUGAUUUUUUGUAGAAAACCAGCUUAAAAGUUUUGUUGCCGCAGUUUGUCGCGGUCGUGACUACAUUCAAAAUUUAGGUUAAAUUAAAAGCUUUCAAUUGAACACUAUCCGACGUGAUUAAAAAGGGAGAAAAGAAGGGUAGAGUAAAAAAAUAUUUAUGAAAUUGAAAUCAUAUCAAUCCAAACAAUAGUCUGUUUGCAGGUUAAUUUUACUUCGUGCUCCUUUGCAAACAGAAGUUAAGCAAAUUCAGCAGUUCGUUUUAAGAGAAAAAAAACAAAGAACAUUCCUGGCAAUACCGCAUCUCUUCAGUUUCAUUUGCAACGUUGUGUGAUACCAGUGUCAAUAUUUCUACGUUUCGUUCAAAAUAGAUAUCAGCUAUAUUUUGAAAAUCAAAUUCGUAAUUCAACAAAUCCAAGAAACAAUGAAGUAUUGAAAAUCACAAGAAGGAAUGAAAAUAGCAGCGAAAGAGAUUUUUCCUGCUGAUACGUAUAAUGAUUUCCAAAUUUUAUUCAUAAAAAUAUUGGAGAAAAUACAAAUCAUGGCAUCGUACAAGCAUCGUACAAUCAUCUUCUCACCUCCACAGAUCCAAUAGUAAACACAUAUUUUGAAAAGGAGUACUUCCAUUGAAGGACCCAAUUGUUGAAUCAGGAAAAGAUGAUUAUGAAUCUGAUGACAGUUAUGAAGAAGCAGAAGAAGAAGAAGAAGAUGUUAGAGGCGAAUGAACUGCAAAGUUUAAAGCCUCUUAAAAACAAAGAAAGAAAGAAGAAGAAGAUUAUUGUUUUGACUAGUUUUUUUUUCAUUAACUGUAUUGUGUUAAUUAAUAAUCUAAAAAAAUCGAUUAUAUUUAUAGCCGAAUAUGUUUUAUUUGAGGGGCCAUCCAUAAACUAUGUGAUCUUUUAUAACGCCCAGUGAGUUUGCUUGUGCUCAAAGGUCAUAAAAUUAUAUAGAAAAAUGUUUAAUGCAUAGAAAAUGCGUAGAAAAGGGUGGCCAUAAAAUCCCCAAAAAAUGGAUAACGUGCUUUAUGAACGGCCCCAAAUGAAAAAUGGAUGCCAGAUUCGUGUUCAGCAUCCAGAAAUUAUUUGAAUACCAUUUUUUUCGCAAUUUACGACACUUUUUACUUGGUCAGCCUUUGUAUGGAGUUGCCCCACUGUGCACUAUGUCAUGAUUCAUUAGUUGUUCCCCUAUAAGUCUACGUUAGUAAAAAUCGUUCUAAAACCUCCAAGAAUAGAAAAUUACAAUGUUAUUUCAUCUUGUUUUACAUUCUCCAAGUAGAAUGCUAGACGGAAAGCAAGAAUUACCAACAAUGAAAAAAAAUAAUUAACUUAGUGGUAACUCAUGAAACAUAAUAAAUCAAAAAUGUUUCUCUUUUUAGAUGUAAGAAUAUAAAAAAAAAUACUACUAUGCAUCCGAAGUUAUAUCAUAAAUCAUUGUUGAUUUAGAUAACAUGCAAGUAAAAUAGUAAUUGGUAACAGAUAGUAGAUGUGAUUUUUCACUAAAUUCUACUUCGUUUAGACAAAAAUAAUCUUCAUCUUAUCCCGAGAUGUUCAUUUUUAAUCUGUGACAACUAUCAAAUGUUCCAUAGAGGAACCUCCCCCUUUCCACCGUAAAAAGAUAUGUACUAGUUAUAUGAAUCUUCAGGCAACUAACCGCCACAAUUUUCUACUGGUGUCUGUUUCUGUUGAAUUGUUACUAUUUUAACUCUUUGUGGUCGUAGGUCUGUUCACAGCCACCAUAGUAAGGAAUCAUACUAAUCGUAUAUUUCAUUCAACCAUGCAUCAGUUUAAAUUUUAUUUUAACGAAUCUUAAUGUCACAUCAUUGAAAAUAGAUAACGGUACUCUGUAUAAACAAACGAUUGUUCGCGUGGGAAGAUAAGAGGAUAGUCACGAUGCUGAAGGUUUUGAUUCGAUAUAUCGGAUCAUUUAACCGAUAUCUUGGACACAAAAACUCAGUAAAAAAGGAUAAAACGAGGUGGCAACGUUUAUGUUAUCAACUAUUUAUUUGAUUUUAUUAUAAAUUUUAAUAUGGAAAGAAUAUGAUAAUUUGUACGAAAUCGGAUUGGAAAAUCGGAAAUUAGAACUACGUGUAGAGGAUUUACUUAAUGGAUAUCACACGAAGGAGAAUUAUAAAAUAUAAUGUCUAUGUAAAAAGGUUACAUCAAUAUACAUUGUUCACAAAAACAUCGGUAGAUUUUAUUUAUCUGUCAUACGCCUACAUGUCACUGCUUUAUCAAGGAAAAUUAGUUCCGACCAGUAUGACACCCAUAUCGAAAUUUUAUACGACCACAAAGGGUUGAAUCAAAGAAAACGAUUGAUUGUUAAUUGCUGAUUGUCUUCUAAUUAUUAACUUAUUAUACUUAUCUCUAUGUCUCUAUUAACCUCAGUUGUCAUAUGCACGCAAUUGUUUCAAUUCUUUGCACAACGAAAAUUAUCGCCCACCUAACUUUCGUAUUCUGGUUGUGUUUUAACAGAUUAUAAUUUUAGUAAUAAGCACUAUAUGGAUUAAUAUGUCAUUGAUAGCUUUAUAUCAGUAAACGCUUUACUAUCAAGUAACAAAUCGCAUAUCAGUUAUUUCACUAGUAAAUUUUAGAAAAUGUUGAGACUUUUAUAUUUAAUCGGGAAGUCGCACUAUAUUUACAUAUAUUUGUAACAUUUCCUCAUUCAGUAUAAUGUAAAAAAUAGGGAGCAAAUAAUACGAUAAAAACUUUGCUGCUGCUUCAAUAAUCACGUCCUGUAAAAUUAAAUGCUGAAUACUUGCAACAAUGUUCUAAACAUAAAAAAAAUCAUUCCACUUUCUAUCAACAGACUUAAAUCUCUCCCAAAAAAAAUAUUACCCAUCGUAUACCAAAAAAUGCUGACCCAAUUGCAUGUAUUGGUGUCAUUGUAGGACUAAAAUUGACUGACGAAGGAAAGUAUUGCUAUUGUUUUUAUUUUUAUUAUUGCCAUUUGAACCAAGGAUAAAAUUCUCGACAUAUAUUAUACAUUGAUAUUGAAUAUAAAAUGACUGUAGUUUAUAAUCGAUAGAGCAAAAAGUAUUGAUGUGAAAAACGUAAAUGAUGGACGAUUUUUCGAUAUCUUCGUGAAACCCCAAUGUGUGUAAAUGUAUUUUUAUAAUACAGCAGUCCUCAAGUCCUAAAUAUUUUAUUUUUGCAGUAUAAACACAAUGAAAAAGGUCAAAACAUUCAAUUGAUUGAAGUAUCAUUCGAUUUUCUAAAUUAAAAGUUCUAUAACACAAAUAGAAUAUUUGACUAUUUGAUUUUUUUUUUUUUUUGAAAAGUAGAUCACAGAACUAUGAACACUCCUAUUUUCGUUCCACUCUGAUUUAUUUAACCCAUAUCGCAAGGUUGUCUAGUAUAACCACCAAUGAGGAAAAUGAAUUGUACAGCACCGAAAUUAAUGUAAAAAUAUACAAAGAAAAACAAAUCGCACUCUAAACCACAUUAUGUAUAAGCGCGGAUCGUUAUAGUAAUACAAUAAAACAAAAAUGUUACAA